CCUUCCUUGAGAAGCGCAUCAAAAGCUCCUUGUUGUAAAUGAUGAAUCCUUUUCAUUUCAAAGGGCUUGUGCUCGUGUUGUGCCUCCUUCCUGACUUCACAGCUUCCUCUUUGCCAAACGUGGCUCCCAGUGGAACCGCAUCUCAAGUCUCGACACGUGAGAAGGGUGGUGUUGCUUCCAAAGCCAUCGAUGGAGACAGUAACCCAUAUUUCUCGGCUGGAUCCUGCACCCAUACAGCGUAUACAGGAGAGAACCUCUGGUGGAAAUUGCUCCUGCCGGCCGUGUAUAAUAUCACAUCUGUUAGCAUCACCGGCAGAAUUGCUUAUCCUAAACGGCUCGAUUCUGCUGAGAUCCGUAUUGGGAAUUCAACAAAGGACAACGGAAGCGACAACCCAAUUUGUGCUGUUGUUACAUCCAUACCAGCUGGAGGUACUCGCACUUUCGACUGCGGAGGGAUGAUAGGUCGUUUGGUCAGAAUUAGUCUCAAUCACCCUCACGGAGUAUUGACAUUGUGUGAGGUGGAAGUGUAUGGAGAGCUGGCUCCUCCCUCGCCCUCCUUCAGUGCGGUGGUGUUGGGCCGGCGUAUAGUGGUGGUGGAGAAGAAGCUGUGCUGGUCGGAUGCUCUGUUCUACUGCAGAGACUUCUACUGGGACCUGCUCAGCAUCCGCAGUGAGGAGGAGCAGAAGGAGGUGGAGGAGGUGCUGAGAACCACCUCCUUCCUCCUCACACCGCAUGUUUGGGUGGGACUGCGCAGGUACCUGAUGGAUAGCAUUUGGUUUUGGAUGUCUGGCGCCUCAGUAAACUACAGCUACUGGAAGACACAUUCCCCCUCGCAAAUCUCCAGUCCCUGUGGGGGCGUCGACACCAGCGACCCCUUCCAUUGGACGGAUUUCCCAUGUGGAGAUCACCUUUACUUCAUCUGUUUGACAGACGGUCAGGAAGAAGACAAAAGAGUGACGUUCUACAGCAGCACCAGACCAUAAUCUCAGAUGAUCAUGAAGAGGAACUCAGUCUCACUCACUUCACUUAUCUUCAUCGCCCAUCUGUAUUGUCUUCCCAGCAAAUGCACAUUCAAAUGAUUUGGAUUGGAAGGCAACUACCGGGCAUUAAUAAUACAUCCUUCCAUUUGUUGAUUGCUUUCAUCACUCUGCAGCCAUGAAGUUGCAUAUAUUGAGACAAAACUUUAUCUAUAUGUCAAGAAAAGUUACUUUUUUCUGAGUUAUUCAAUUCUAUUUUCAAGAUAUGCUAAUUAUAUCCAGUUAGCAUGCUACUUUCAGUAGAUAUCCUUUGCA